UCAUAGCAAAAAAUUCCCUGGGAGUGAAGUAAUCUCGGUUUGACCACUAAGACCAUCGACAGAUCUCUUGUGUUUUGACUUAUUGCGCUUAAACAGAAUCUGCAAGGCCGUAUUUGUUUACAAGUUUACUUUUCCCCGAUAUGGCGGCCUUUCGGGGAUUAUGGCUAUGUCUGCUAGGGGUAGUAUUGUUAUGUUUUUCAACCGGCGUUUUAACGAAAGGUGCAAAAAGUAAACGAAGCCCAAGGAAAAAUGCCGUUCGUUACACUGUUCAUGAAAAACCGCCGGAGUUGGUUGUGAAUGCUGAUCCCGAAGGAGUAAAAGUUCAAGCCAAACCUUCAAAGCUUCAAGUUAUUGCUUACCCUCAUUUACAAGGUUUUCAUCCAUACGAGCACACGGCAGUGUUGGGCCCGCAUAGUCCGCCCGUGAAUAUUGGACCAAACGCACCUCCGGUUCACAUUGGACCACAUGUGCCCGCUGUUCAUCUUAGUCCUCGAGUUCCAAGUCUUCACUAUGGAACAAACGCACCCCUUCUACACGUCAGGCCACAUGUGCCUUUUGUUCAUAUGACGCCGCCCGUUCACGCCGUUAAUGCGCUCACCGGUCCGCCGGUGCACGUUAUGUCGCCAUCGACAGUAUAUCAUCAACCACCAAUUGUUUUCCAUCAACCACACUUUCAAUAUCCCGCAGGCUUUGGCGGAUAUGGUGGGUUUGGAGGCUAUGGAGGCUAUGGAGGCUAUGGAGGCUUUGGUGGGUUUGCUGGGGGACCCGGUUACUUUGGACGCUCCACAAUACCUGAAAAUGCAGAAGAGGACGAUGAUGAUAGUGAUGAUGAUUCUGAAAGAGACGAGAGUGAAUCUCAUAAGCAUAAAGGGAAAUCAAAACGCGAAAUCGUAGCACAGAAAGUCAAACGUCAGUGGUUUGGUUGGCAUCCAUUUCCCCACACAGUGAAUGUAGGACCUCACACUCCACCCAUUCACGUUGGUCCACAUUAUCCUCCGGUUCAUAUUGGGCCUCACGUACCUGCAGUCCAUAUUGGUCCACAUGUUCCAGUUAUAAAUGUCCCAUCUCAUGUCCCAGCCAUUCAUGUACGUCCCCAUGUUCCCGCUGUCCAUCUUGGGCCUCCUGUGCCUAUCAUAAACGCUGGAAAUCACUUCCCAGCUGUGCAUGUCACCUCUCCACCUACAAUCUAUCAUCGUCCUCCAAUUGUCAUUCACCAGCCUCAUAUUGUGCACCCUUAUGGUGGAUGGAAGAAGCGAUCAAAGAUAGCUAAGGCUGUGGACUCUAAAAAAGAGAGCUCCGCGGAGACUGUCAAGGAUGAAGCUGAGCAGAGUAGUGGAGAUAAAGAAGCAGAGCACGAGGACGAAAAGCCGCAAAAAGAGGCAACAGAUGUAACGCAACCUACUGCAAAUACAGAAGCAGGGCAAACAGCGACAGAGGAAUCAAGUGGAGAUUCACAAGAAGAUAGUGGUGAGACGCCAAAAGCAGAGGAAGAUAAGCAAGUCAGUACAAGAUCCAUUGAGGAAGCUUCCACAAGGCUAAGGCGUCAAAUGUUCUCCAACGCUAACUCUGGACCCAAUGGUGACUCAGUAAUAUUUGUUCAUCCAAACGAACACGGAGGGGCAAGUCCUGCAGGAUUAGGCGAUUUGGCUGCUGGUCAUGGCAGCCCUUUGGAAGGUGGUAAUCCAGGUGAAGCUUUCGGCGAUCUUUCUGCGAAAGCCUUCGGGGAGGGAUUCAACCCAAGCUCGUUCUCAGAAGGCGGACAAGGAGGAGAAAUGGGUCCUGGUGCUGAUAGCCUUGCUGGCCUUGCGGGAGCAAGUCUCGGAGGUGCAGCAGGCCUUGGUGGGAACGAAGGUUCCCCCAUGGGGGCCAACAGCUUUUCUGACGCUGGAGGUCUAGGUGGUCUUGGUGGACAGCCGGCUCCUGAGGAGCUUCCUGGUGGUCUUGCGGGUCUUGGUGGAUCGAUGGGUUCACCAAUGGCGGGCGGUCUCGGUGGAGAAGAGGCUAGGUCGACUGUUCCCCGUUCUUUCAUCCCUGGACGGCUUAGAAAGAUAACCAGAGGCUACCUCACAAGAAAUCCCCUUGACAGUGGAAGAAAUGCAGCCAUUGUCAAGAAAACAGAGAUUCCGCGACCAGGACAAUAAAAUUCGAUGCUGUAUCGAAUUGAAUGGGGUCCUUCAAAGUGCCAAGCAGUGGUCCCCAUAUUUAGAGAUGCUCUACUAUCAAUGGAAUGAUUUUUACGCGAUUCCAAAGACUCGAAAGGGAUUUUGUAAAUCCCUGCGGAGAUUGACAUGUUGACAUUUUGAAUGAAACAAGACAGACGCCCACGUUAAUGUGUCACGUGUGUAGUACACCUUAUUGCUUUAUUGUGUCGGAGACUGCACCAGAGCCGAAAAUGGGCUUCAAGGACGGUUACCUCACAAAUGAUUUUUAUCCGAAGAAAAAAAAAAGUUACUCAUUUUGUUUUAAGCAAUUGUCAAAAUAAAACUAACGAUUUGUGAAAAUAAUUGCUCCCAGCUGGUUUGUUCAGUGAAUUUUCUCCUUUAUGAAACAUUUUGAGGGGUUUACCCGUGUCUAUAUUCCGUUGAUUACUCCCUCCAUGAUGGGGAAUUUAUUAAAGGAAUAACCUUAA